AUGCCAAGUGGUAAACGUAGCGUUGGAAAACCCGGGAUAGGAAAAUCUCUCGUCGGUGGUGGGAAUACCGUUUCGGACGAUUACUUAAAGUCAAAGUGCGCUAUAAAUUCAAUAAACGAUGCAUUAGGUUCGAAAAUAAUUUCACUAAAGCACAUUCCGAUCCCUCACAUACCUCAAGAGAGUACAAUUGUAUUUGAGUUGUACAUGUUCAUGUUCACAACGAUAGCGUCAUUUUUACAAUUUUUACACUUGUAUAGAUCAGUGUGGUGGCUUCCUCAGUCGUAUACAAGAUACACAAUGAAUUUUUAUUUGAUUGAUCCAUAUUUGGUUGGAUUUAUUGUGACAAUAUUGGGAAGAAGGCUUGUGUAUUCGUUGCUUUGUCAAAUUUUAUCAAGGUGCACUCCAGCAUCACUUUGGCCUUUGCUACAAAAGUUUCUCACAUUGAUUCUCCUCAUCACAGUUUUGACAUCUCUUAUUUAUUGCGCAUUUCACAUAAUGAAAAAUCAUCCGAUUGUUAAUAUAUUUUAUUUAUGUUACCCGAUAUCAGUUUAUUUUAUCUUAUUCGGACUCAGCGUUGUACCUUUUUUCGAUGUUACAUCAUUUCCUAAUCCUAAUAAAGAAAACAAAAAGAGUAAAUCGAUAGUUGGGAAACCCAUUCACAGUUGUUCGAUUUCGCCACAGUUUAUAAGAAAAGAAGUUGAAUCGCUCAAAACGGAUUUCAAUAGUAGAAUGAAACAAGUACUUUUCAGUUCUGUUUUAAGCGCUUAUUACUCCGGGUUUGUGCCAUGUUGUUUUGCUCAGACUUCUCUUUAUUACGAUACUUAUUGGGCCACACAGCAUUUAGCUCUUGUAUGGUUGGGUUGCUUUACAAUGCACAGCGCUUAUUGUUAUCCACCUUCUUAUUGUGAUACACUACAUAGGGCUGCCUUGCAUUUGGGAAAAUGGGUUCGAGUGCAAGGAAGGAAUCAACACAUUCCGACACACGUAUGGGAUGAAAGCACACUUUGGAGUCCCGGAGCUUUGGUUAGACAUUCGAAGGACUUAUACAAGGCGGAGGGAAUUGCGACAGCAGCAGAGCCAGGGAACACGAUGCACGGGAGAUUUUAUGCUUUAUUUAACGACCCUUCGGUCCUGAUUUGUGCUCUUCUCGGCCUUCAAGCCUCUCUAGUCGCUCUACAGUUGGCCGCUCUCGCUCGUGCAUCAGAAUGGCAUCAAGUCCUUUCCGUGACCCUCCUUCUUUUUGCCAAUUAUUGUAUGCUUUUUAGAUUUGCUAGAGAUUAUCUCGUGUGUUGGAAAGUGUACAAAGCGGAGCAAAUGAUACAGGAAAAAAUGUCGGGUUGA